AUGAAGAGAACGAGAACAUUGAGAAGGAAUACCGGUGAAUCCACACCUACUUCAUCGGUUACUACUUUCGAUAAAGAAACAAGCAUCAAAGAUGAUGAGGAAGCUCCUUGGAAAGAGUAUGUGGACGAACAUACGUCAGCACUAUGGUCGAAGAUCCCAAGGACGGCAUUGCAAUCUGCGCAGGAUUUUAUCGUUCUAAAUUUUCCAGAAUUAUUUCAAUCAUGGCAUUACCAUUACGUGGUUGCGUGGUUAUAUAAUGUUUGCGAAUCAUAUACAACCCUUUCGCACCAACUUGAGGGAAGUUCUGGGCCUAAAUUCUUAUGGAAAAAUAUUAAAUUUGAUGAAUUUAUAUUUUUACAUGAUUUGAAGAAAUGUGCCUCAAUGACAAAGGAUGAUGAUAAAUCAGCAGAUUUCCAGGAUUAUGCUAGCAAUAGAACACAAGCUGUUAACAAAUCAACUGGAAAUGAGGACCAAGAAUCUGACAACCUAUAUCUUAAGAUAAAACAUCAGCUGCUAAGACAAUUAGCUAAUAAUAAAAAUACGGAAUUAAGAAAUUUUAAUGGAAUCGUCGAAUUGAAUUUAAAAAACUCAGUUUAUAAGGAUCAAAUGUCAACGCUGCUAUCAAUGGACUUUGAUUUAUUGCCGUUACAUGACAAAUUCACUAUUUUCUUUUACAUGAUUAAGAUAAUCGAAAUGAAGAAUAUGGUAUUUAAGAACUAUAUGGCUAAUAAUAUGCAUCUAUUUGAAUUUCCAAGGUAUAUUGUAGAUGAUACAACAUCAAUUCUAGCCUUACCGAAUAAUGGGGUCUUAAUUCAGGAAAAAGUAACCAAAAAGAAACUAGUGCCAAAGUUAGAUAUCCCCUUAAAAUUAAAGAACUGUACUAUUAGAAAUGGGGCUUCGGAAUCAGUUGAUUUGAUACAUGUUGAUUAUUCCCAAGAGAUAAAUGCGUACUUAAGUUCCAUUGACAUUGAAUUCAAGAUCCUUACAUACAACUGGGAUACUUUUCUACAGUAUUGGGGCAUGCACGAGAAAAAAAAAAGGGGAAAUAAAGAUAUUGCACAUUUUGUAGAAGAUUUGAUCCCAGUCUAUGUUGACCAUCAAGUAUAUUCUUCAAAAUUGAUACAACAACGUGAAAAAGAGAAAUCAAUGGCAGAGUUAGUGACCAGAAGGAAGAGGUCAUCAAGAUUAGUUGCAAGAGAGGAAGAAAGUAAAAAGAAAGAGAUAGAACAUGAUUGGUAUGAAAAACUAGAUGAAAGGGAUCAUUUUAACAAGCACAGGACAAGAAUGGUUAAUACACAAAAGAAGAAGUUACAAACUAUAAUUUGGAAUCAGCUUUGGCAAUUAUUUGAGGAAGACCUUAAGCUAGAGAAAAUAAAGAGACGAAAUACCCCCGAUAUACAAAUGCAUCCAAUAAGCUCGAUAGCAUAUAGAACUCAAAGCGAAUAUGAAGGUUUGAAUCCCGUUGACAUAGAAGUUCUAGAGGUUGGGUCCCGAUUCAACUCUAGAUUGAUAGACAUUAAACCUAGAUCAUCUGUUACGUUUACUUUCGAGAAGGAUCCAAACUACAUCCACGAAUUGCCGGAUGAAUAUUGUAUACAUGAAAGAGAUCUUGAACAAAUUAACAGUUACGGUCUUGAAACAGAUAUCAGUGCCCCAGAUAAUAAAGAUUGGAUAUUCCAAUGUAGUUGUGAAGAAGAUCCAGUAAAUCCCACUGUUGUUUCUGUCGUGGAAGAUUUGGUUGAUCCUAAUCUAAUCAACAAGCCCUUGAUAUGUUGUGAUGUCUGUUUCAAAUGGCAACAUUGGGAUUGUCAAUCUAAAACGACCAUCAAUUUCAUUUCAUUAGCAGCCCAAAAUAAUAAUAUCGUUACUACUGGGAAAAAGAAGGAUAAGAAACAACAACAAACGGAUAUGCCUCUAAAUGUGCUAUCACAACGCGAUUUUGGAAUUGCACUCUUGGGCGAACCUGAAAUAUAUACAGGUAGGAACCGAAGGUCCACAAGGCAGCAACAUGGCGAUAAUGUAGUGACAAAAGAAGAGCAGCAUACCACUAUGAGGCCUACUGACAAGAGAAAACCGUUCGGUUCAUGUUCAAUAUUUGUUUGUGGUUGGUGUUUGGCAAAACUUGAGACUGAAAUGAGAGAUUCUUUUGUACCAGAAUUAAAGGCUCUUAGAAUAAGCAAAAAAAACAAGCAUGAUGAUCGUGAGAGAAGAAAACGUGCCAAAGAAGAAAAGAGAAGACAAGAAGAACUCACGACUAUGCAUGCAAACCCACUCGAUCAGAAACAUCCUGAUAUUGAUGCAGCUGCAAGCCACGUUGAUCAGCCAGUCAACCUUUUGGCUAAUCAUUCAUUGACGAGUAACGAUGGAAGCAAUACUGAACAGCCUACAAACUUUGAUAAUAUCAAAAAUAAUAAUACCGCUGUAACAUCUGUACCAAAUGCCGUCAAAAACCAAGGCCCUAUCCGUAGUUUAUUAAAGGACGGUGUAUUAGCAAGUGGUACUCAACGUGUAAUAGCCCAACUGAAUGAGGGCUAUAAUUUCGCAGCUCAAGAUGAAGGUACAAGUAUUCCUCCUGUCAGCGCAUCUCUUCAUACUUUGCCAGUGGUAAACGGGGAAAAUAACGGCAAAGCGCCAUCAAUACCUAGUUCUUCAAUCUCAUCAGGUGCACCUGCCCCAGUGCCAGGUGCUCCUGCUGCGUCAUCUGUGAGUCAAAGAGACGAAUCAAGCCUGUCUUCUCCGACUUUCUAG